GAGCUGAGUGAGCCAGAUUGGAGCCCGGCUGAUUGUGGAGAGCAGAGGCCUGAUGGCUACUCCGCCACUGCCGCCGCUGCUGCUGCUGCUGCUGCUGCUGCCUCACGCCCACCAUCGGCUGGCCCUGAGAAGCGUUCUGGCCACCCAGAGGGCCCAGGACUCUCCUGCUGUGCACCUCAUCAAUGGCCUAGGACAGGAGCCUAUCCAAGUGCUGACCUUUGACCUCACCAGGCUCGUCAAAGCCUCCUCCUCCUUUGAGCUCCGAACGUGGGAUUCAGAGGGAGUGAUUUUUUAUGGGGAUACCAGCCCUAAAGAUGACUGGUUCAUGCUGGGACUUCGGGACGGGAGGCCGGAGAUCCAAAUGCACAAUCCCUGGGCCCAGCUGACUGUGGGCGCUGGACCCCGGCUGGAUGACGGCAGCUGGCAUCAGGUGCACGUAAAGAUCAGGGGUGACUCGGUGCUGCUGGAGGUGGAUGGGGAGGAGGUGCUGCGCCUGAGCCAGGUGUCUGGGACCCUGCACAACAAACCCCAGCCCGUCAUGAAGCUGGCAGUGGGGGGGCUGCUCUUCCCCCCCUCCAGCCUUCGGUUACCGCUGGUCCCUGCGCUGGAUGGCUGCCUGCGCCGCGGUAGUUGGCUGGACCCACAGGCCCAGAUCUCAGCCUCUGCCCAUGCCAGCCGCAGAAGCUGUGAUGUGGAGUUGCAGCCUGGGAUAUUCUUCCCUCCAGGGACUCACGCAGAAUUCAGUCUCCAAGACAUUCCCCAGCCCCAGACAGAGCCCUGGGCCUUCUCUUUGGACCUUGAACUCAAGCCCUCCGAGGGCUCAGGCCGCCUUCUUGCCCUUGGGACGCCAGAGGACCCUAAUUGGCUCAGCCUUCACCUGCAAGAUCAAAAGGUGGUGCUGUCUUCUGGGAUGGAACCAGGGCUGGAUCUGCCCCUGGCCUGGGGACUCCCUCUUCAGCUGAAGCUGGGUGUAUCCACGGCGGUCUUGAGCCAGGGGUCAAAGAAGCAGGCCCUGGGUCUGCCUCCCUCGGGCCUUGGCCCCCUCCUCAACCUCUGGGCCCAGCCUCAGGGGCGUCUCUUCCUGGGGGCCUUACCAGGAGAGGACUCUUCUGCCUCCUUUUGCUUGGACGGCCUUUGGGCACAAGGCCAGAAGUUGGACAUGGACAAGGCCCUGAACAGAAGCCAAGACAUCUGGACUCACAGCUGUCCCUCGAGCCCAGGCAAUGGCACCGACACCUCCCAUUAAAGCCCCCUUGCAUCUC